AUGAUUGUAUCAGUAUUUGAAGACUUACCUAAUGAAUUAAUAGUCAAGGUUUUUGUAUAUCUCAGUCCAUACGAUCUACUUCGUGCAUUCGAAAAUGUUAAUUGGCGAUUAUUGUGUAUACUCUCUAAACAGAAACUUUGUUUGCCAAACAAUCAAGGUAUGAGUCGACAAGUGUAUCAUCAGUAUUUAUCAUCAAUUCUUCCAACUCGUCAAUCACAAAUUGUUUCUCUUUAUUUAUCCGAUCAAUGUGCUGCUGGUGCUGUUCAAUGGUUUUUCGACACAUGUAUUUAUCUCUUACCCAAUUUUCCACUACGUGCUUUAACAAUUGAAGGUGUAUCACGUCAAAUAUUCGAUAUACUUUUAUCGAAGUUACAUUUUUCUCCUCAUCUUCAACAUAUGACUAUCGACAUUCACAUGAUGCAAUGGUAUCGUGAAGAAUAUUUAAAUCUUCCCGAUUUUUAUUACCUUUUUCCUGUGUUGAAAAACAUUCCACAAUUAGAAAGCCUUCGUUUUAAUCGAGAUCCGACUCGUCCAUCGGUCGUUAUGUAUGAAAAUCUGAAAUUAUUUCCUCCAGUUGCGUACCAUCUACAUACUCUAUCGAUUGAUUCCUGUUCUCAUGAAUUGAUUGUUGCAUUGCUUCAUUCUUCUCUGCCAGUACUUCGUCAACUAAAAGUUCGUUUCGAAUUAGACCCAUUGGAUUACUCUCCAACAUGUGUUUCAAUAAGUUCGAAUCGUAUUCCUCAACUUUCUCAUGUAUCAUUUACGAAUGCAAAGAGUUUUCGAUGGGUUCUGGUGCUUUUUGCUGACGUGUAUCAACAUGGUCAAUUGAGAAGCAUCGUACUUUAUGAUCGUGAAAAUAUAUUUCGUCAUAAACAGUUGGUCACUGCCAACGAACUUCAUCGAUGGUUUCUCAAAUCUAUUCAAUGUACUUCUUUUCAGUUUCAUUUUCGUCAUUUUAUUUAUGACGGCCUACUAGAUAUUAUCAAACGUACUCUUAUAGAAUAUCAAAACCUAUUUGAUGUUCGUUAUCAAUUGAAUAGAUUCAAUUCAUUUGAUUUAUUCGUUCAGUAUCCAAAGAAAAUCAAAUUCUCCGAGAUUGACAAUAUUAACAAUGAUCUAAAUGUAAUUUCGUUUGAUUCUUCAUCUUCAUCAUUGUAUGAAGACUUGUGUGACCGAUGGCAUGAUGAAAUUCGCCUCGAUCUUAAUGGAUUCUCGAGUCAACUUGACAUUUCACAAUUUGCUCUUAACAAUGCUCUUGAAAUCUUCUCAAUCUUGGUGAAUCAAACAACAUCAGUUCGUAUUCGUAAAUUAUAUAUCAAUAUGAAUAUUCCUACAUGGCUUUCAUCGUUGUAUAUUGCUGCUCAUGGUAAUUCGACAAAAAUACUUGAUGAUACUGGAAUUGAAACAGUUGAUCUCAGUGGAAUCAAUACAUGUUUGAUCAAGGCUGCUGAACAAAUUGUAUCUGUUUUUGGUGGUGUAAAAAACUUGAUAUUAUUCAUUGAUAAUACAUUAGAUUUAACUCUUGGUCAUCUACAAAUAGCCUUAAGACGAUUCGUCGAAGGUCUUCCAACAUUGAUUUAUUUUUCAUGUGCUGUUCAUGCUCGAUCCACACGAGCAGUGGAUAUGUCAGAGAUUUCACCAUGGAUUUUGUCAGGUGGACUUAAUCGAUCUGUUUCCUUUCGUUGUAAAAGGUAUAACUUGGAUUUAUGGCUUUAA